AUGUCCGACUCUGACGGCGCGCGCUCGCGCAGCCCGCAGCCACCGCGCCGCUACUCCAAGCGGCCGCUGCGCGGGCCCUACGGCCAGAUGCUGGAGGCCGAGAUGCAGAAGCCGGAGCCGCGCAUCCACUCCAGAUUCCACUGCAGCGAGGACCUCAAGUUCCUGGAGGAGCUGGCGGGUCCGCCGAGCGCCGGGCCGUCGCGCGCGCCGACGGUCCAGUCUCUAGACGAGCCACAGGUGCACCGGCCGCGGCCCGCUGCCCGCGCCGCCCCUGCUGCCGCCGCGGCGUCGCCCUCGCCGUCGCCCUCGCCGUCGGCGUCGCCCGCUCCGCGCCCCGCCGCGGCCGCACAGCCGGCAACCGGCGCCAGGCGCAAGGUUAGCGGCGGCGCGCCGCCCUGCCACCAGCGCACUGCCUCCAGCCCGUCGCAGCUCGAGGGCGGCCAGCGCCGCCGCCACCACGCACUCGCCGGUCUGCUCGCCGAGGGGCACGACCGCAUCUACGCGGCGCCACAGCAGCUAAAGUUGCCGACCCCCGCGGGCCCGUUUUCCGCGCCCACGAGGACGAAGCCUCCAUCGGUACCGUCGCCGUGCUCGACAGCAGCGACCACGUCUGCACCCCAGCCGUUUGAGGAAGGAGAGCAUCAGCAAAUCGAUUCGAGCUCGGACACAGAGAUGCGGGAGUUGCCUACUGUCUGUCGUGAUCCACAGGACGCGGACACGCGUUCCCGCAAGCAGAAGUCGCCCAAUCGGCGAAAGAAGAGAAGGCCGUCUGCAUGA